UCUCCUAGGCUCCUAAUCUACCCUCUCUCUCUCUCUCACUCGCCAUUUUUUCAUGCACCGGGCAGCGGCGGCCUCUUCGAAAACCCCAAUCCCCCCACCUCCCCUCCCCUCACGGCGGUUCUCCUUGCCGCCGCCGCUCGCCUGAGGAGAGGAGAGAGGGAGGGAGAGAUCUUGCUGCUGCUGCCGCUUCAUCCUUGCCCGCGAAGCUGCCGCCGCUCGCCUGAGGCGUGGGCUUGUGAGAGGCGGGGCAGGCCAUGGGGGCGGGGCCGAAUCCGGACGCCGACGACGGGACCCCGGGCUUGCAGGAGCUGUUCCGGCACUACGACGACCUCUACUUCCGCGGCGCGCUCGCCGACGCCGGCUUCUCCGUCGAGCGGGCCGCCCCGCGCACCAAGACGAUCACUUCUUUCGGAUACUGUUCCCUUGGAGACCUGAGCAAAAUAACACUCUACAAGCCAAUGCCACGAUAUCGCACAAAUGCCGAUCUGAAGAACGCCCUGUUGCAUCUCAUGAUUCACGGAAUCGUAUUUGUAAAGCGUGGUCUGACGAGCCUCGGCCAUGGUCCUGCUUUCCGUGAUUGGAUGGAUGCUAUCAACACUAGCCCCAUCGACGAUUACGCGAGACCAAAAGGUGGCUACUGUAUCACCACCACCCAUGAUUUCAGUCAGGAAAAAUCCUGCAACAUGCAGGGUUUUCUGUGGAAGUGUGAAUCGUGUGGCGAUACACUUAUGAGGGCCAAGAACCUGGGACCUCCAUCUGAUUUCUGCUGUAUCGAGAAUGUUAGCCAACCUGCAACCUGCGACAACAUGCUUUGCCACUGGCACAACCACAAGAAGGAUUGUCAUGGUAAAUACGUGGUGACCAAACCAGCAGUGACACCAGGACAAAAGAUGGCUCCAAAAGGUACAACCAAAAUGUCCAAGUCACAACAAGGAGCUGUGCAACAAUCAUAUCCAUAUUCAGAUGAAGUGCAGGAGAAUAGCUCUUUGAAGAAGGCACGCAAGAGAAAUAUACCUGAAGACUUUCAGAAAGCAAUUGUUUUGUCCGCUGCCCCUCGGAGAAAGCCGAAGCAAGAGCUUCUCGCAUGGGCGAAGCGCGAGCAUUUGCUCAGCAGCAAUGCAAAAUCACCGGGCAGCAGCCCCUCAAAGAAGGCAGAUGACUCUCAGAAGGCAAUUGUUCUCUCUGCUGCCCCUCGGAGCAGACGGCCGAAACGGAAGCAAGCAUCUGUUGCAUCAGAGGAGCACGGGUUUGUCUCUCCAGGGAGGAGUUGCAACAAUGCAAACUCACCGCGAAGCAACACCUCCAGGAAGGAAGUUCAGAGAUCCAGUGUGCAGCCUUGUGUAUCUCAGAAGAAACCGAAGCUAGGGCAAGGCCUGGUCGCAUUGGAGAAACACGUUUCCCGGCCUGCUGCCACUCAAAGCACGCUCAAGCAGCCGGCCAAAUCCAGCUCCUCGAUGAAGGCAAGGAAGCAGCAUCAGCCUGAAGAGUUUCAGAAAACAGCCGUUCAGCCUGCCGUCCCUCAGACUCGGAGCAAACGGAAGCAGUCGAACCGUGCUGCGCCGGAGAGGCAGGCGGCGAGAAGCGAAGCCUGGGGCUCUGCCGAGGAGAAAGAGUACGUUUGCUUCAGCCUGUGGCUGAACUUCUAUGAAUCGGAGUGCUCCAGUGGAUCGGCCGAGCCGCUCGUGAACAAGAGAACGGUGCGGAGGAGAAGGGAGAGGGAACGCUUGGUUCAGAGAGCACGUUCACGCUCCAUCGAGGCCCGGCCGGAUGAGGAGGUCUCGUCUGGACAAACCGAGCCACCGGCUUUGCAGUUGGAGGUCAUUGCUAUCGAUGACGAGGUGAUGGCUGAAGCUCCGUCCAUGGACGAUGUUCUUGCCCCUCCCGCUGAUCAGGUGGUGGCUGAAGCCCCUGGAGCUGGAGGUCUGUCCCAGCCACCAGCUCCAUCCAUGGACAUCGUCGUCCCUCCUGCGGACCAUGGAGGCCGAUCUGAUCGGUCUACAAGCAUGAACAUUGCUGCUGCUGCUGCUCCUGCUGGCCAGGUGAUGACUCAGGCCACUGUAGAUCAGUCACAGCCACGAGCUCCGUGCUCCAUCGCCGCUGAUCAGGUGGUUCCAGUUCCACCUCGUUCGGCUGACCCGCCUGGUUUAACUCCUCCAAAUCCAAGAAGUUGGCCUGCCGUGAUAGACAUCUCUGACGAUGAUGGUGACUGAACUCCUUUUCCAUCACCCUAAUGCUCUGCUUAUUCUGGAUUAGAUUCCCGGUCAGUGCUUACUAUAGGUAGCUAGUAGUUAUCACUGUCGUUUAAGCGUCGAACCAGUGUUUAAUCUUAGCAUCGUCAAGCGAUGUAUGACUGAUUUGCUGUGGAGGCAUAGAGCUCUGACCUGAACGGCGAAAUUAACAUCCUGUGAAAUGGCGCUUGGCGCGCGCUACGACUCUCUUUCUGUAAUAUUUUCCGAGACACCGGCUUAGGGGCAUGGUGAACUGAAGCAUGAAGCUAGCUGCAUUGUAACGUCGAAACAUGCGUGUAUCAUAUGGGAAAGUUGAGACUUUUUUGCGCUCGCUAGAUCAUUCGAGCCAUCUCGCGUAUCC